CAUGUCUACAAGAGAUUUACAAUAUUUAACGCUGCGUUAUAUUUCAUUAAACUUUUCCAAAGUAUUUCAUCCUUUAACGUUUAAAACUAUUGAAUUACCGUCCAAGAUUGUUGAAAUGAUUAUCGAGUGGAGAGAUGAUUUAACGUUUGGUAUAACCGAGGAAGAUUUAGAGAUAAUCCGUAAAAUUAAGACGCAACUAUCGAAAUUUAGUAUUCAGGGUGAUAAAAUAAAGAAUUUGAAAAAGUUCAACUUUCUAAGAGAUCAUCCAAUAGAAAGUCUUGAAUUGGUUAAUUAUCUAUCGUUUAAAUCGUUAAUAGAUUUAAAGAAUAUUGUCAGUUGCAAGAAAUUAAAAGAAUUAACAUUCGUCAAUAAAGGAUUACACUUUGAAAUUGAUUUGGAAUUUCUAGGUCAAAUGAGAUUUCUGAAGAAAUUAGAUAUAAGCGGUACAAUUGUAAAAGAUGAAAGAGACGACUUGUACGAUCUUGAUUGUAUUUUUCAAGUAUCAAAGCAUUUGGCUGGUAAGAUACCUUGUAUCUUUGUUAAAAAGAUGAGAGCAAUUGCCCAAACGGAAUUCGAUAAGACACCUGUUGAUUCAAAUCGUACUGAAAUGAUUUGGGAGGUGUUUACUAGGAUUGAUCUAUUCCUAAUUGUAUUGAGAUCGUUCGUUGUAGCUUCUAAAAUUUAUCAACUAGAUGAAAUAGCUACUUGGAUAUGGGAGGAAAAGAACGAUAAUAGAUUCGUAACGCUUAGUAAUGAGAAUAUUUUCGAAGCGAUGACGAAUGACGAUGUUAUUAAACUAUCAAAGGAAAUUGAGGAUAUCUCUUCCGAUCUUGAUACAAAUUUUAAAUAUUGCGAUUAUAAGGAAAUUCCAUCAUUUAAAUAUAUGAAAAAUAUGAAUAGUUUUUACGUUCAAAGAUUGAAAUUAGUACUGGAGGAACACGACAAUUGUUGCAACGUAAUUCAUUUUCCUAAGGUCCAAUAUUCGUUAAUUUCGUAUAAUAGAAUAAAGAUCAUGGUUUCUAUUCCAUCCCUUCGAAAUUUGACACUUCAACGUGUUUCUAUGAGCUUCCAAGAAAUACUUAAUAGUGUUCACGCCAAAGGAUUAAGAUUACCGUCUCUCAUUGCCGAGAUGAUCUUGGAAUCUCGAGACGUCUUAUGCUGCGGUAUAUCGGACGAAGAUUUACAAUUGUUUAGUAGAUUAGACACGAGAUUACAUAGAUUUGCUAUACACGCUAAUAAGAUUAAAGAUAUACAGACCUUAUCCUUUUUGAUCGAUCAUCCAAUUAUAGUUCUUGAAUUGAAAAACUCAUCAUCUGCAGUAUCUUUGGACGAAUUAAAGAAAAUAAUUGAUUUCAACAAGCUUAAAGAGUUUAGUAUUGCUAAUAGAGUGUAUUGCAGAUUGAAAAAGGUUGAAUAUUUAAGAUAUUUUAAAUCGUUACGAAAGUUAGAUCUUAGCAAUUCUGGAUUUACUGAAAGAAGUUUAAAUCUAAUUUGUCGAGAAGUAACACUACUAGAAGAUUUAAAUAUCGAUAGAACUCAAGUGAAAUGUCUAGAUAGCAUAGUAAAUCUGAAAUAUCUUCAUACUUUAAAGGCUCUAUGCCUUUCUGGAUUUCAAUGUUUGAAGGAAGUUAAACAAUUGAAGCAUUUACACUUAAACUUUAACGUUUCAUUGAACCUUAUCCGAUUUUUUCAUUUCUUUUGGAUUUCUGAUUGGCAAUUAGAUAGUCUCUCAAUAAUGUUGGUCGGCUUUCAAAAGACAUCGGCUCAAAUAGACGAGCAUCGUUUAUCAUGUCAAAAACCUAAACCAAAGUUUUUCCUAUUGAAGAAUGUCGACGAAUCUGUUAUUGUAUUCGAUAGAGACGAUUUAUUCAUUUUUAAACCAGCCGAAAAUGAUAGGGUUGGUAAGACUAAUAUUUUUCGUAAAUAUUCAACUUUCUCCAACAAAUUCUAGGUCAAGAACGACCUUGAUAUCUUAAAUAGAUUGGCUAAUUAUCUUCAAGGAACAAUCCAUCUAAGUUCUCCAAUCGAAAUAAUAAAUAUAUUGGCAGUGGAAAAGAUGAAAGAUGACGGUAAUAUUGAAUUUGGUAAGAUUGAUUUAUUAUGGAAGAUGAUAUUCAAACAACUUGACGUUCAAACUUUUCGUCCAUUAAAUUUAUCUGAAUACGAAGAUUUAAAUUUUGGAUUAUCCUUAAAUUAUUAUUUCCAGAUAAUCAACGAAAUUAAUUAUUCAUCGGUUCACGAAUAUUAUUGGAAUAAAAUUAUCU